CAUUUUGUACAAAACUGGAAAUAGUGUAAUAUUUUUUUUCAAAAGUGGAUAGCUCGGUUAGACACAAAUGUCGAGUGCUACAAAAAUUUUAUUUUGAUAAAUGAUUGCAAAAGACUGCUAGGUUAAAGAGAUUGACAUUGCUAUGGCGCUGUAUGGCCGCAAAAGUGCCAAUAAUAAGAAAAUUAAAAUAUUGGAUAGGUAAAAUGUGGAAACAGGCACAGUAGUUUCUUUUCUGCUAAGUUUUAGUACGGUUUACUUUUGCUCGAAUAGGUCCGGUGUUCGGUGUAACUAGUGCAAGUGACUUUUUCUUGUGCCGGCGCUCCAACAAAACCGGGAAAACGGACCCCACAGAAGACCUGCUCUGAGUCGACACCGUGCAACAAAGUACUGUUUUGGUUGAAUUCAUUAAUUCGCCGGUGCAAAUGAAAAUCAAUUACCCACUGAGCAACUGUGCAACGUCUUAUCAAACCUGCCUGCGGGCUUGCAGCAGUGUCCAGUAGUGCGAACUUAGCCGAAAGUUCCUUACUUUCUGGCCGAAAGUAUGUACACGGUUCAGUCCAAGCAAAAAACGCAAAAUCAGCAGUACUAUGUAGCGUCUAGUGGAAGAGUUAGGGUAACUAAUAUGGAAACAAACAACAAAAAGACUGGCGAUUCAUAUGGACUGAGCGGCGUCGGCGGCGGCAGCAGUAGCAGCGGCACUAGCGGCGGCGGAAGCGGAAGUACAAAUAGAUCGAUGGCUUAUGGCGGCAGCGUCGGUGGUAGCAGAAAAGCUUCGGUCGGUAGUGGUAGUGACCUAUCUAGCGAAGACUAUGAAGAGGUGAAACCGGAUAUCAAAGUCAGUUCACACCUCUUGGACCAUGGGUAUGGAUAUGGUGUAACACCGCAAUACCACCCACAGCCACAACAGCAGCAACAGGGCCAUCAUCACCUUCAUAGCAGUAGCAGUAGUACUAGUAGCAAUAAUCAUAAUAGUAGUCAACAUCAUCAUAGUGGUUAUCACUAUCUACACAGUCCUACAGCGUCUACCUCUGGGUCAUCGGCAUCCGGCACAGCGCAUUAUCCCCAUGCUAAGCCAACGACACCCAGCCGGACGGGACUUCAGCAGUCGCACAAAAGUGCUAGCGGUGAUCCGCAAAUUACCAACUACUUCAAGGCGGUAAAACGUCGACCGCAGGGCAGCCUUUCACCACCUCCGAGCAAAAUUGCCAAGCAGUCUAACAGUAAAACACCGAGUUCUACCUGUUCCACGCCCACGUCAUCGGUGUCGUCUUCGUCGUCAAAGAAACGAUACUCGGAAGGAACUAGAUACGACACCUCUCUUGGUUUGCUGACGAAAAAGUUUAUCGAUUUGUUGAAGGAUUCUCGCGACGGUGUGGUCGACUUGAAUAUUGCCUCCACGAAGCUGAACGUGCAGAAGCGACGGAUUUACGACAUCACCAAUGUGCUCGAGGGAAUCGGUAUCCUCGAGAAGAAGUCGAAAAACAACAUCCAGUGGAAGUGUGGCAACUCGCUGUGCAAUAUCGAGAAAAACAAUCGGAUACAGCGCGAUCGGUAUCUGCUGGAGCAGAAGGAGAACAUGCUGGACCGGAUGAUCGUUGAAAUGCGCCAAACCACGGCAGAUAACAUGCAAACGGCUAGACAUGCGUACGUUACCUGCCAAGAUCUGAACUCGAUCGAUACGUUCAAGGAGCAGAUUCUUCUGGUGAUCAAGGCCCCACCGGAGGCGAAAGUGGUGCUACCCGACGUGCAGCAGCCGUGGGAAAUUUUUAUUAAAUCUGAAAAGGGUGAGAUUGAUGUGUUUCUGUGCCCAGAAUCAUCGGAGGGCUCACCGAAUGGAGGGUUCGGAGCGGCUGGUAGCAGUAGUGAGAGCUUCAAUGGUGGUAGCAGUACAACUGGUGGAGGCUAUGGUAGCAGCAGGUCUGGACCUGAUCCUUUACUCGAAGACAUCGAUCCACUUAUCUCGCCAUUCAGUGAAAAGUUGCUCAGCCCUAGAAACAGGAUGAAAUGCUUCACGAAACCUUUUGGUUCAGCACAGCGGAACCUCAAUAGGGCAUUCUUCGGCAUUCUCCCGGCGGAAGUGAAAGUCGAACCCGGUUCAACCGUACUAAAUCCGCUGUCGACAGGACACACUAGUAGCGAACCCAUUCCUAUGUCUAGGCAACCGACUCUCGUGAAAAAGGACUUCGACUUGCUAGGUGGCAGUGAUGUCAGCUUGCGAAAUUCAGUAACAACAUCUAACAAUCCGUGCUUUAGUACUAACGUAGUUAAAAAGGAACGAUUAGACUCUGAAUAUAUAGACUUUACCAGUGCUACAAUUGAUAACUCCGACCCGAAGGCACUUCCUGUGGAAAUAACAUACAGGAACGCUUCUCUGAAUGACAGUAAGCUAAGUCCGGAGACGUUACUACCGCAGCAGUCAUUGGACACAGGCGAUUCGAAGGGACUGAGCGCUAAAUCCACUCCAAACAAUACGCGCGAGAAGAAUGCUAUGAUUGACGGCUUUGGCAACUACAGUCCGUUUGACUUGCCCGAAGUACUGGACGUGUUUCAACAGCUGGAACCACUUGAAAACGAUUACAACUUUUGCCUGGAACAUACGGAAGGUGUGUUUGAUUUGUUUGAUUUUAAUUUUUAGUUCAAAUUUAUGUGGGUAUGUACACGUAAUGCCGUAUAUAUACGCUUUUAUUUUCUAUUGAAAUUGCUACUAGUACUAAUUAAAAGUGCGGCUAUCCGGUCAAACUGUCAGCUUUGACAGGACGCGUCAGUGGAUCAGCCACCACGUGUACAUUGUUUUCUGUUUAUUUAGUGCAGUUUUUCAGUGACCUAAGAUAAAAGCGAUUAGUUUAGGAGAGGCACUAGCAAUUGAAAGUUUUGUGAAAAACCCAACUGCCUUUUUUUAGUUACAGUCUUUUGCUAUUUUUUUGCCCCCGUUCAGAGAGGAAUUUCUUCUUUUCGUGUAGCUUUUCGGUAGGGACAUCAGAACAGAAAUUAAAAUUGCACGUGGAAAAGCAUCUCAAUGUUUAGCAGAAUAUUCAAUUAGAGGGAGUCAACAAUUAUUACUUUAAGAUUGUUUUAAUCUUUCUAUCUAUUGAUAUUUAGUUGUAUUUUUGUACAUAACAAUAUGUAAAUUAUUAAACGAAAAAAGGAAAAAUAGAAAACCGGAAGUAAAAAUUUAAGAAUGCCGCCGAAUUCAUUUUGAGAGAAGAUUCUAUAGCGACCUGACAACUUGCUUCUCAGAAAACAGCAACUGAUCCCUCAUGUGGAACAAAAACCUAAUGCGCUUAUGAUGAAAGAAGAAAGAUAAAUACAAAGUAAUUUUGAUCGCAAGAGAGCGUCACUCUGCUAUGCAUCAUUUUAUUCCUCACUUUUUGUAUGUCACUUACGUACGCGUGAGGUAAAAUCUGAAGCUGCUAUAGUGCGUCAGAACCCUCCAAUUUGCACCAUGGAACCACAAACAAAAAAAAACGAUGUAAUAUAUUUAGCAAAAAAAAAAGCAAAAUCAAACCAACAAUAGUAAAACAAUAAUCUAGUAAUACAAGUACAGUCGUACUAAAUGCACACGAUAUAAGAAAGUGUUAUAUCAGAGAAAUGCAAACAAUUCUCUAGAUUUUAAGCAGAAAAUCUUAAUUUAUACUUAUAUUUUUACUAGGGAUAUCUUGAAAACAAUAAACACAAAAAAGACGAAAAAGGAGAAAAAACAAACAAGAAUCCGGACAAAAUGAACGUUUUAUAGCGUGAAAGAAGAAUAUGUGCAAAAAAUCCAAAUUGCAAGCGUAGUUUUCGACUCAAUUUGACUUAUUUAUUACCACUUUUGGUGCGAUCGUUUCGCAUAUUUUGAUAGAAUUCUAAAAAUGCGCUUGUUAGUUUUUUUUUCGUUGCCAAUUAAUUAAUUACCGUGGAGAAAAGGAAUGAUAAGGAUAGGUCAUGCACAAUUCUAAUAUAUCAAACGAAUUGCAACGAAACAACAACCAAUUAAUAUUUCUGUGUAUAUUCUACAAGAAUACUGAUACGCGAAAAUUGCCUAACAAAUGUUGUUUACGUCUCUAUUGGGUACUCGGAAGGAUAUGCCAUCAUCAAUUGAAGCACAUUUGUUUCUGUUAAAACUAGUUUUAGGUCGAUACAAAGUAAGAAUAAAACACAGGAAGUUGCUAUUAUUUUUACUCGUGUUUGCAGCCAAGCAAUUUCUAAGCGAACAGUGCAAAAGAUUUCUUCUGUUUUAAUUUUACGCAAAUGUCGUUUAUUUCAUGUUACUGUGUUCGCAUUCCGCGCUGCGACACUGAUCGACUGUACUUUAAAUUCGGAACUGAAAGGGAGGAAGGUAGUUUGUAAAUAUCGAUGAAAGUGUGAAAGAAAAGUCGAUAGGUUGGAUAUCGAAAAAAAAAACGGAAAUAAACUAUCACAGUCAAUGGACACACAUGAUACACACACACAAACCAACAAACACCAAUGGGUCGACUAAACGUAGCAUUUCUGUUUAGUGUAUUUCCACUUGUAACAUUAUAACAGACGGAACAUGAAUGAAAUGCAAAUAGAGAACAAU